AUGCAGCGAUCGCCGGCUUCAGUAGAUCUUCUACUGAACCCGCAGACGCCCCUGGAACGAGAGCAGGAGGCGGCCCGGAGAAAGCUGGCCGAGAUUCAGGAGGGCCAGCGCCGACAGCACGAAGAAGAGAUGGCUGCCGUCGCCAUGAUGCGAGGCGCCGGCAUGCUGGCCGCCCACGAAGAGAGGCAGGAUCUCCCGCGUCCCUACAAGUGCCCGCUCUGCGACAAGGCCUUCCACCGCCUCGAGCAUCAAACCAGGCACAUCCGGACGCACACGGGCGAGAAGCCGCACGCCUGCCAGUUCCCCGGCUGCACGAAACGCUUCUCCCGAUCCGACGAGCUGACCCGGCACUCGAGGAUACACAACAAUCCCAACUCGAGGAGGAGUAACAAGAUGCUCACCGCCAGCAUCGUCGAGCAACCGCCGCCGCCGCCCCCGCCCCAGCCGCAGCCGCAGCACGCGGCCGGAGGCAGCAGUAACAGUAACAGCAGCAGCAGUAACAGCAGCAGCAGCAGCAGCAGCAGCAGCAUGAGCAUGGCCCUGGGGAUGAUGCCGCCGCCGAGCAAGACCGUGUCGUCGCGAUCGGCGCCCACCUCCACCGUCGGGUCGCCCAACGUGUCCCCUCCGCACUCGUUCUCUUCCUACUCGACGCCGAUCCCCUCCUCGGGUCUCAACCCCCAUCCCCACCCGCCGCCAUUCGGCCGCAGCCUGGGAGGCGGAAGCCCGCAGAACGGAUCCGCGCUCGACAUCAACCUGCUGGCGACGGCGGCCACCCAGGUCGAGCGGGAGAGCAGCAACUUUCCUCCCACCACCACGCAUCACCCGCCGCCCGGCAGCAGCACCAGCAGCAGCAGCAGCAGCAGCGCGAGGCACCCCCCCUACUACAGCCACAGCGCCCACAGCAGCCGCAACCACCUCCCCUCGCUAUCGGUCUACGCCAUGUCGCGCGCGCAUUCCCACGACGACGACGACCACUACGCCCACCGGCACGCCAAGCGCUCCCGGCCCAACUCGCCCAACAGCACCGCCCCCUCGUCUCCUACCUUCUCGCACGACUCGCUCUCCCCCACGCCCGAUCACACCCCGCUCGCGACCCCCGCGCACUCGCCCCGCCUGCGACCGUACGGUGGGGGCUACGACCUGCCCACCAUCCGCAACCUCACCCUGCAACACACGCCCGCGCUGGCCCCCAUGGAGCCCCAGAACGUCGAAGGGCCGUACCACCCGAACGGCCCCGCCACGUCGGCCCCCCGCACCGGGCUCUCCAUCAGCGACAUCAUGUCCAAGACCGACGGCACCCAGAGGAAACUCCCGGUGCCUCAGGUACCCAAGGUGGCGGUGCAGGAUCUGCUCAGCACGGGCGAGAACGGCUUCAGCACCAGCGGGCAGAGCAGCGCGACGGGCUCCGUGGUCGGAGGAGACCUGCUGAUGGACAGAUAG